AUGCAAUUUGGUCAUCCGUUACGACAGCCGAGGUACCAGUCUCAGGGCCCUGGUACAGAGCCGAGGACGAGCAGCGAGACGACAGAUAGUAGAUUCGUGAUCAUGUGUAACAGCGAAGAAGAGAGAAAACGCUAUCUCGAUCUGGCUGAGAAAGAAGCGAAUAUUGAAAGAGCUGUUCGGGAGAAGGUGAUUAUUACCGUUAUUGUGUCGUAA